GUAAUGAAUGGGCUACAUGUGGUAGUUUCAACUCACGAAAUGGAUUAGAAUCCAUAACAAGUGAAAUGAAAUCGUGGAAUGCCUUAUCAGCUUUAAAGGAUUGGAUGUUUCAUAUAAAUUUUAUUGGUCUUCAGUAUAAACAAAGAGUUGAAAUUUUCACAUAUCAAGUUAUUUGGAGUGUACCUACUCCUGAAUUUCCCGAACCAAUGGUCACAGUCAGUGUAUAUUUUUAUGUAGCAAUAAGUUACAUUUAUCCACCUCAUUAUCCUGCCGAUAUUACAUAUGUUUUUGAAGGACAUCAAUUUAAGCAUUCAUUAAAUAUGAUUUUUAGACCUAAAUGGCUUUAUGAUAUUUUAGAUAUGAAAACAAUAAUAUUCAAGACUAUUGAUUUUUAAUAGCUUUUAAUUUAACUAUGAGUAAAAUACGUUGUGCAAUUAUAGUUUAAUUAUGUUUAAAGCGUUUAGCAAGAGUAAAUAAUAACGAAUUUAAGAGGCAUAUGCAAAGUGUCGUAAAAGUAAGCGUAUCAUAUUCGUCUAAAAGGAGCACAUGCCUUGUGUAUUCUGGUUGAAUGGCAGACGCAUAUAAGUUUACUCCAAUUGGUUAAGCAGUAAGAGCAGGUGACAACCAACAAAGGAAAAUACAACUAUGGCAACUAUUGUUUUCAGCGUGACUUAAACGCUUACAAUUACCGACCGACAUAAAUUAUAUAAAAUAUAAUAUUUUUAAAAUAUGAA